UACUGGGGCUGACGGAUAAACAGUAAACUUCUCAACACUUUCGCCACCAGACGUACGAAAGACUCGCAAAAAAUGGUGGAAAUUGAUUGAAACGGUUAGAGCGAUGCCAUCCGCACUACCUUUUGGUUAAUUAUCCACGAGAUUACUGGUCUUAAACACAACUGGAUUCUAGUGGUGGCCGGGGGUCGGGGCAGACCAUGCGAACAGUCAGUCUACUCUUGUUUUUAAUCAUCGCAUUCUUGUGCCGAUUCGGUCGAUCGCAACCGCACUCUAAUUUAGCCAAAACUGAUAAUAAGCCGCAAAUCGGUGACAGUGGAAAGCCUACUGUAGGAGAGCGUGAAUAUUACAUUCCUUCGUAUAAUAGCCCACAACUCGUACAAAGACCUCAAGAAUUCAUUUAUCCAAACAAUGCGCGGAAUUCAUAUCAAAUCAAAUAUACGAAUAAUAGGCCGGAGAUUGUGAACAGACUUUGGCCGACAGCCAGACAACAGACCAUUUCAUACAACAAUGCACUCAAUGGUCGCCAAACGUACGACACGAGCGCCGAUUCGGUGGACAGUCGUGUCGUCGAUGACUAUCAACACAAAAGGCCCGCGAAAUACAAUUUAGGACCAAAUGAUGACAAACACGACACCAAUCGGCAGAAGUCGACGCUCUUCAAGACGACGGCUUUCCGGACGACCGAUAGGGUCCGCGACGUCAGUGCCGAACAGCAGCGGCUCUCCAGACCGUUGACCGCAACCGACGAGGAAUACAAAGACGUGUUGAACGACAUUGAGUUCAGUCCUCCGGUUAUGCGCCGAAAAUCGGCCACAAAUGAAAAUCUGAUGCAAACCUCAGCCCUGCAGUCGGGCCACAGGAAUGCCGUUCCCAUACCUCUAGCCAUUCAACAAAACGCCAACUCUUUGAAUGACGACUCAAACGGAUCUUUAGGUGAUAUCUAUUUUGUCGCCAUUCAACAAAACGCCAACUCUUUGAAUGACGACUCAAACGGAUCUUUAGGUGAUAUCUAUUUUGUCGCGAUCGUCGCCUGCGUGAGCGCCGUCGCCAUAUUCGGGGUGAUCGGCGCCGGUAUCUGUGUCUACAAAGUGCAACAAAGUAAUAAGGCCGCCGCCGACGUCGACUACCCGGCCUACGGGGUGGUGGGGCCCGUCAGCAAAGAGGGCCAACCGGGUAGUGGACAACUGUCGCCCAGCGGUGACCGCAAGUUAGCCCAAAGCGCCCAAAUGUAUCACUACCACCACCAGAAGCAACAGAUGAUUGCAUCCGAAAAAGCCGUAACCACUCGUCGCAACUCUGCCUCCGAUGUAGAGAGCGAUGAGGAGAACGAAGAGGGAGAGUAUACGGUCUACGAGUGCCCGGGUCUGGCGCCCACCGGCGAGAUGGAGGUCAAGAACCCACUCUUCCACGACGACAUCACUCCCGUGUCGUCCCCACCCGUCACCGGCAACACCAAAGACAAGUAG